GAAUGUAUGUACGCGCCCUCGCCUCCAACGACGCCGGCUUCGAUCAAGGGACUCGACUCCCCUUAAUAUUGUCACAUAGACUCCUUUCUCUCGACUGCUUCAAGCUGCCCCCCUCUCCGUUUGGCGUAUCACCAAUGCUCAAGCUAUCGAUUUGCUUGCUCGACGCUACUAAUUCACUUUCGCAGUUCGCUGAAUAUCCGUCUGCUCGUAGCAGAAGCAACGAUAGAGAAUCGAUAACCGUUUCUUUUUCGCCUUUCUGUUUUUUGCCAUCAAUGAAUCCCGUAAAGUGGACAUGGCCGCGUGUCUAAUCGAGGGAUGACGCUGCUACCAUCGCGGUCAAAAGUGUCAAAACACGACGUCGUGCGUCUGCAGCGAACAGCGAAGGGUAUUGCCGCAGCGGCUUAUAUAGUACACGGUUACUGGUGAGCCAGGCGUUCUCUUCGCGUGUGAAAGUGACGUCCAUCGUCGACAGCUCGGCCAUUUGUAGAUUGCUGCUGGUGCUGCUAUGAUUAUCGUCGUUACUGAAGUUACCUGUUAAACGCCUUCAUUCAAUUUGACUUGAGAGAAGAUCUCUGUUGUCAUUAAUUGAGUUAGUGUUCUUUUGACGAACAAAUCAUUAAUUGACAAAAUGCUUAGAUUUGUCAUGCUGGCUGCAAUAGCCUCUGCGGCGUAUGCCGGAGAACUCUACAAGGUCCAGAACGUACAGCAGUGCGAUGGUUUAUCGACAAUCAAGUCUGUUGAAGUAGAAAACUGUACAAAAGAGGACCUCUGUGAGUUGAUCCGGGGACACAAUCAUCUCCUAAGAGUCACUUAUGUUCCACCACGAAGCGCCCAAGUGGUUAAGGUGCUAAUCACUGGAUUCGUUGGCGAAGCAGAGUUACCCUUCCCAGGAUUUAAGCGUUAUGUGUGCAAAACCCCUGGCAAUGAAAACUUCUGUCCGCAGACAGCCGGCCAAGAGUACACCACCACAAUGGUUCUACCAAUUCUCAGCGUGUUCCCAAAUAUUGAGACUACGGCCUUCGUCCGCUUCAUCGACGAUGACGCGAAGUCCGAGGCCGAAGAAAAGCUAGGUUGCUUCUCGAUGAAGAUUAGACUUAUCGAUGACCCUAACGCCUCAACGGAACCAGCCAACGUAGACAAUCAAGAGGAUGACGAAUAGGCGAUUGGGUCGACAAAUUUAAUUUUCUAAGAAAAAUUCUUUGAUUAAAUCUUUCGGAUAUAUUUUAUGUACUUAUCUCGGCCUGACGCAGGCCGUGAGUAUAGAAGAGCAACGUACAAAA